GUAGUCAUGUUAGCAGCUAAUCAAGUUGCGUAUUAUACUGUAUAAAUCAAAUUAAAUUAAACGUGAAUCUGCCAGUUAGACAUACCCUGCGCCAGUCGAAGUGUAACCACUUCAACAGCCUCCCAUUUGACUUCAGAGUAAGAUUUUGUUUCAAACGUAUGGUUGAACUCCACUAGAAGGACGAGUUAGCCAGUGCCACUGUUACAAUGGAUUCAGUGACCGUGACGUUUGAUUCCUGCGGCGGAUCACGGCUAUGCGCUUCCUCAAAGGGGUGUGGCGAUCAGUUUCGCUUCCGACACACUCUAUAGAGAAAAUAGAGCGUUGUGGACGAGAGCUUAAAACACACAUUUUUAAACGGGCCGUGUGGGCGAUCUACAGAGCUUUUUGGCAUGAAAAGCUACAAACACCUUACUGAGACAUCAAGGUCCAAUUCUUUAGCAAUGUGGAGCAUGAAAAAAGCAGGUGCAUGGAUCUUUAAAACGCGUUAUGUCAGGUUGCGACGCGUCUUGUAACGCGUCAUGUCAUGGUUGUGACGCGUUACGAGACGCGUCUCGAUUUUUUUCGAGAUGCGUCACAAGACGUGUCUUGUUGGGUUGAGAGUUGAGGAGGUGGAAUAUGUUUCUGCAUCAACAGCGGCUGGUGCAGCGAUGUUUCAGAAGUUUCUCAACUCUGUUCUCCGGACCUUGAGACCUUCACCCUCAACUGCAAGCCAUUCUAUGCAGACUUCCUUACAGACAGACAGCAGUAUGUGAGGCAGGGAAAGCUUGUCUCAGAUACCUGGACCACCAGCACCGGAUCCCCCCAGGGCUGUGUCCUUUCACCCCUGUUAUUCUCCCUGUACACAAACAGCUGCACAUCUGGAAACCAGUCUGUCAAACUCCUGAAGUUUGCUUCGACACCACCCUCAUCGGCCUCAUCUCUGACGGAGAUGAGUCAGCCUACAGGAGUGAGAUAGCCAGUCUGGUGUCAUGGUGCAGCGCUAACAACCUGAAGUUUCACCUUCCUGUAAAGAUGUUGUUGAACUUCUACACUGCCAUCAUUGAAUUCAUCCUCACGUCCUCCAUCACAGUCUGGUUCACUGCGGCCACGGCCAGGGACAAGGCCAAGCUGCAGCGCGUCAUCCACUCAGCGGAGAUAGUGAUCGGCUGCGACCUCCCGUCUCUCCAGGAGCCGACCCCUCUCACCCAGGACAUGAACACUUUCGGCCCCUCCCCUCUAGCAAGAGGCUGUGGUCCAUCAGGACCAGGACCUUGCGCCACAAGAACAGAUUCUUCCCAACUACAGUCAGCCUGUUAAACAGUGCACCAACUCCUCCCAGCUUUCAGGUGUUGUUUAUAAUUAUAAUUAUUUAAUACAACCCAAGACAAAGUUCAACAGUAUAUAUAAAUAUAUAAUAAGAAUUGGUGGUGUUGCCACUUUAUUUAACACCCUUUUUGCAGAUUCUACAGGUUGCCAUUUUUUCAUCUUUGACUUGGAAAUCUAACAACACGCUGCUACUCUUUCUUGCGUCUAUCCUUGUUCUUCGUCUGUGUCCCCCGCUGCUUUUUUUUGUUGCUGGCCCGAGUCCCUGAGUCAAGUGAGAUCUCAAAGCAAAAGGUUGUUGGUUUGGUGUGUGUCUGCUUCACUCUGGCAUACAGUGCACAUGCAUGCUGCUUACACACAGGCACUUGGAGAUGCAGACAGACAAGACUGAUCCGCCCACCCCUAGGAGACAUGUGAAUGGGCGGUGUGAGUUUUGUGGUGAGGUGGAGGGAAUGGCACAUGUUAUAAUGGAGUGUGAUAAGUACAGGAGGGAAAGGGAAGGAAUGGUUAGGAGUAUGAGAGAAGCAGGAAUGAAAGAUGUGUGUUUGAGGAAGGUGGAAGCCUUGUUUAAAUUUUUGAAUGUUGUUGGCCUGGGCAAAAGAAUAUGAGGGUUAGAGAAAUCCUUUGCAAGAAGCUCCAAAUACGUCGCCGGGCAAGUCGGCACACGUAAACUCCAUGGAUAACGAAUAAAGAGGCCGUUCCAGCCCUUGUCAGCCUCCAAAAGGUGGCCGUUCCUGCCUCAGUUCCUGUCGGCCUCUAAGGAGAGGACGUUCCUGCCUCAGUUUCUGUCGAACUUCAAGUAGAGGUCGUUCCUGCCUCAGUUCCUGUCGGCCUCCAAGUGGAGGUCGUUCCUGCCUCAGUUCCUGUCAGCUUCUAAGGGGGGGCUCUGCUGCUCCGUUUUCUGCCGGCUGCAAAGAAGUUGCUCCAGGCUUCUGUUGCUCCAGCCAAGAGGCCGCUCCUGGAGUUCCUGGUAGUCCUGAGGAGACCACACCCCGUUCCGUCCUAAUGAGUCCGGGCUGAUUCAUGCCAGUCCGGAGCUUGGGGCCCUAUAUUUCUUUAUGCACAGUAGUCGUCCCUGAAGGUGCCGGUGGUUCCUGCGGAGACACGUUCCUUUCGUCCCUGGAGGUUCAAGGGGGGCCGUGAAUUUGCUGUAUUUUAAUUGGGUUGUAAACGCAAAAGAUGAAUAAUAUUUUUUUUUUACUAACGAUGGCAAAUAAGCACAAGACAGGGUUGAGGUCAAUUAUUUUAUAAUUCAGAUGGUGUUCUUGUUUCAGGAUGAACCAUGUUCUGGCUUCAUCAAAGAGUUCAGUGAGUGACAGCCGAGGAUGCUGCAGUUUCUCACAGAGCUGGAGGAGACAGCUGUCCAGCUGGACAGGAUGUAUAAAGGUGCAAAGAUCUCCAGCGUGGCAGGCAGCUCAGUGGGGGCAGUCGGAGGAGUGCUUUCUAUCAUCGGUUUGGCCCUAAUUCCUGUAACCGCUGAAUUGUCUUUAGCACUGACAAUGACGGGACUCGGGCUGGGAAUCACUAGUGGAGUCAACAGCUUAGUUACCACUGCCACCGAGUGUGGAGUUAAUUAUACACAACAGAAAAAAGCAAGUGAAGUCUUUCAGAGCUUCAUGGAGGACGUACAGACUCUCCAGGAUUGUUUAGAGGAGACAGUGAAAAGGGACACAGAUGAGAUAGAUGUGGCUCUUGGAACAGGCAAAUCGCUCAUGAAACUAGGUGUUGUUGGAAAAGCUAUUGAUACUUUAAUUGAUGCUGGUAAAGCUGUGGCCCAGGAAGGUAAAGCUCUACGUAACGUCCCCAGAGUGCCCUCAGACAUCCCAGACAUCGGUCAGGCAGCACUCAAAGGGCCUCUUGCUCUCUCUAAGUCAGCGAGGGCUGGACUCUUCGUGGCCAAUGCUCUUUUUCUUGGCAUGGACAUCUUCUUUAUCUGUAAAGACAGCAUGAGUCUGGCCAAAGGCACAGAGGCUGAAAUGUCGCGUUUCAUCAAAGCCAGAGCGCAAAUUUGGAGCACAGAGAUGGACUCAUGGCAGAAGAUCCAUGACCUGCUGAGCGAAGGCCUCUUGAAAUCAGAAAAAAACAACUACUGGAGACACCAUUUUAUUCAGAGAUGAGAGAGAAACACAUCAGAGCAGAGACAGAAGAGGGAACUGACCAAGAAAGAUGACGAAAAAAAGAAAAAAGUUCUGUCUAUUACAAUAACACUCAGAAUUGGCUAUCUGUGCUGUCUUCAUCUAACUUUACCUUCAUAAAAGAAAAACACAUGCAGAAGUUCUCAAUAAUUGUUCUAACACAAAAUGUACCAAAUUUAAUCACUUUAAAAUUAUUCUGUCUCACUUAAUUUGAACAUUCUUAUCAAAGUGUUUUGAAAUUCUACUGUAAAUAUGAUUGGUUUGCAUUAUUAAAUGUUUCAAUGCUGAAUAAAUGCAUAAUAAAAUUGAAAUACUUACAAACCUAUGUACCAAUGAAAUAAAUAAAGCUCAAGGGUUAAAACAAUGUGUAAGUCGUCAUGUACAGUAAGAGUCCUAAUGAAAGGCGUU